AUGGAAGAGUGUUCUGAUCAGCUGGAAAAGAACGCACAUGGGAAGCUGUACAGAAAUGAGUGGGGAAAGGACGGGAGAGGUUUAAACAUGUUACUACAUUGAAUAAAUGAAAUAACCAUGAACAUGGAGUGGCUAAAGAUUCUGAACUAAGUGCAAGUAAUUGAUACACGUCCAUGGAUAAGGGGAACAAAUGGCGCUAGCCAUUCUACCUGCCCCUCCUUCAGCCAACUGUGUGGCUUUACCCCAGCUGCAUAUUUGUGUGGCGCCUGAGCUCUGAGAUGACCAUCAGCAUGAGGCAGUGUCUGGCCGAGUUGCGCCAGCGUCAGCGGGGCGGCAAGCAGCAAGGACCAUCCUCUCCCCAAAGGGCUUCUGGACCCAACCGGCACCAGGCCCCAUCAAUGCUGUCUCCUGGACCGGCUCUCUCAUCAGACAGUGACGAGGGAGAAGAUGAGGGGACUGAAGAAGAACUUCCAGCACUGCCCGUCCUUGCCAAGAGUACCAAGAAGGCACUGGCCUCGGUCCCCAGCCCAGCCUUGCCCCGAAGCCUGUCCCACUGGGAGAUGAGUCGGGCACAGGAGUCCGUGGGGUUCCUGGACCCAGCUCCUGCAGCCAACCCGGGACCCAGAAGAAGAGGGCGCUGGGUUCAGCCAGGUGUGGAACUGAGCGUUAGAUCCAUGCUGGAUCUGCGGCAGCUGGAAACACUGGCCCCAAGCCUGCAGGACCCUAGCCAGGACUCGCUGGCCAUCAUCCCAUCUGGUCCCAGGAAGCAUGGGCAGCAGGCCCUUGAGACUUCACUCACUAGCCAGAAUGAAAAGCCCCCUCGGCCUCAGGCUUCCCAACCUUGUUCCUAUCCCCAUAUUAUCCGAUUAUUGUCACAAGAGGAAGGGGUCUUUGCCCAAGAUCUGGAACCUGCACCCAUUGAAGAUGGUAUUGUCUACCCGGAGCCGAGUGACAACCCCACCAUGGAUACCAGUGAGUUCCAAGUGCAGGCUCCAGCCCGGGGAACUCUGGGAAGAGUGUACCCAGGCAGCAGGAGCUCAGAAAAGCACAGCCCUGACAGUGCCUGCUCUGUGGAUUACAGCAGCAGCUGCCUUUCCAGCCCAGAGCACCCCACUGAAGACUCUGAGAGCACGGAGCCCCUCAGUGUGGAUGGCAUCUCCUCAGACCUUGAAGAGCCAGCUGAGGGCGAUGAAGAAAAGGAAGAAGAGGAGGGAGGCAUGGGCCCCUAUGGGCUACAGGAGGGCAGCCCCCAGACUCCAGACCAGGAGCAGUUUCUAAAACAGCACUUUGAGACUCUGGCCAGUGGAGCUGCUCCAGGGGCCCCAGUGCAGGUCCCAGAGAGGUCAGAGUCUCGGAGUAUCUCUUCACGAUUCCUGUUGCAAGUACAGACCCGCCCACUCAGGGAACCAUCCCCGUCCUCCUCAAGCCUGGCACUGAUGUCGAGACCAGCCCAGGUGCCACAGGCAUCUGGUGAGCAGCCGAGAGGCAAUGGUGCCAAUCCCCCUGGAGCACCCCCGGAGGUGGAACCGUCCUCUGGCAACCCCAGCCCCCAGCAGGCAGCCUCUGUGCUGUUGCCACGAUGCCAUCUCAACCCUGACAGCAGCUGGGCUCCCAAGAGAGUGGCCACAGCCAGCCCCUUUUCUGGACUCCAGAAGGCCCAGUCUGUGCACAGUCUGGUGCCACAGGAAAGACAUGAGGCCAGUCUGCAGGCCCCUUCACCAGGCGCACUGCUGUCUCGGGAGAUCGAAGCUCAGGAUGGUCUGGGCUCCUUGCCCCCAGCUGAUGGCCGUCCGUCUCGGCCUCACUCCUAUCAGAACCCCACCACCAGUUCCAUGGCAAAGAUAUCCCGCAGUAUCUCUGUUGGGGAGAACCUGGGCCUGGUGGCUGAACCUCAAGCUCAUGCCCCCAUCCGAGUCUCACCACUCAGCAAGCUGGCCCUGCCAAGCCGGGCUCACCUGGUCCUGGACAUCCCCAAACCACUGCCUGACCGUCCUACCCUGGCUGCAUUCUCUCCUGUCACCAAAGGCCGGGCCCCUGGUGAGGCAGAAAAGCCUGGCUUCCCAGUGGGCCUAGGAAAAGCUCACAGUACAACUGAGCGAUGGGCCUGUUUGGGGGAGGGCACCACUCCCAAGCCUAGGACAGAGUGCCAGGCUCAUCCUGGGCCUAGCAGCCCCUGUGCCCAGCAACUGUCAGUCAGCAGCCUCUUCCAAGGCCCUGAAAACUUGCAGCCCCCACCCCCUGAGAAGACUCCCAACCCCAUGGAAUGCACCAAGCCAGGGGCAGCCCUGAGCCAGGACUCAGAGCUCUGCGUGCCUCUUGCUGUGCCCUACCUGGACAAACCCCCAACUCCGCUCCACUUCUACCGGGACUGGGUCUGCCCCAACAGGCCGUGCAUCAUCCGCAACGCUCUGCAGCACUGGCCGGCCCUCCAGAAGUGGUCCCUCCCCUAUUUCAGAGCCACAGUGGGCUCCACAGAGGUGAGUGUGGCCGUGACCCUGGAUGGUUACGCGGAUGCCGUGAGAGGGGAUUGCUUCAUGAUGCCGGCUGAGCGCCGCCUGCCCCUGAGCUUCAUGCUGGAUGUGCUGGAGGGCCGGGCCCAGCACCCUGGAGUCCUCUAUGUGCAGAAGCAGUGCUCCAACCUGCCCACCGAGCUGCCCCAGCUGCUGCCUGAUCUGGAAUCCCAUGUGCCCUGGGCCUCCGAAGCCCUGGGAAAGAUGCCCGAUGCUGUGAACUUCUGGCUGGGGGAGGCGGCUGCGGUGACUUCUUUGCACAAGGACCACUAUGAGAACCUCUACUGCGUGGUCUCAGGAGAGAAGCAUUUCCUGUUCCAUCCGCCCAGCGACCUGCCCUUCAUCCCCUAUGAGCUGUACACGCCGGCAACCUACCAGCUAACUGAAGAGGGCGCCUUUAAGGUGGUGGAUGAAGAGGCCAUGGAGAAGGUGCCCUGGAUCCCACUGGACCCCUUGGCGCCAGACCUAGCACGGUACCCUAGUUACAGUCAGGCCCAGGCCCUUCGCUGCACGGUGCGGGCCGGUGAGAUGCUCUGUCUGCCGGCUCUGUGGUUCCACCACGUCCAGCAGUCCCAGGGCUGCAUCGCAGUGAAUUUCUGGUAUGACAUGGAAUACGAUCUCAAGUAUAGUUACUUCCAGCUGCUCGACUCCCUCACCAAGGCUUCAGGCCUUGACUGAUGGAGCGCUGGUGAACACGACCAAGCACGCCUCGGGGGACGGGGCCAGCCCCUCCCUGGCUGGGUCAAUUCUCGAGAGAGCCUGGAGUGUGCAUGCUGGCUGCUGGCCCCGGGUCCAGCAUGGCUUGAGAUCAGCUUUGGAGGAUCUUGGAAUGUGGUCAUAAGGACUCAAGGUGCCAGGCAGGUCUGGGUGAGGGUUCUCAGGAAGUUGCCACACAGGUGAGCAGAGUGGGGAUCAGGUGCAGCGGCACCUCUCCCCAGCGCUGUGAUGUUGGGCGAGUCACUGCGUCUUGGGCAUUGGUGUCCUGUCAGUAAAGAGAUAAUAAUGGCUGUACCUCGCGGGGCUGUUGUGGGCUUGGAGAUGAUGUCUGUGAGGACCAGCAUGGAGCUGGCACACAGGACAUGUUGAAUAAAAGGUAGCUGUGAGUCGUAUGUCCUUUUUUUUUUUUUUUUUUAAAGAUGGGGUCUCGCUCUGUCACCCAGGCUGGAGUGCAGUGGUGUGAUGUCAGCUCACUGCAAGCUCCGCCUCCCAGGUUCACACUAUUCUGCCUCAGCCUCCCAAGUAGCUGGGACUACAGGUGCGUGCCACCAUGCCCGGCUAAUUUUUUUGUAUUUUUAGGAGAGACGGGGUUUCACCGUGUUAGCCAGUAUGGUCUUGAUCUCCUGACCUCGUGAUCCACCUGCCUCGGCCUCCCAAAAGUGCUGGGAUUACAGGUGUGAGCCGCUGCGCCUGGCUUAUGAGUCAUAUGUUCUGAUCCUCCCUCUUGAAGUUGCCUUCUGUGGUCUAAGGAGGGCCUGAAGGUUCAGGUGCCAGAGUUGCGAAAGGCCUGUGACAGGGAACUCCACUCUUCCCUUGGCUGCUGUUCUGGGACUCACCCCUGCUUUCCUUCUGCUCAGCCCCUGGCAGCAAGCUCUCCAGGCUGGGAUUGCAGGGCUGGGUGGGGCAGGCCCAGCUGGUAAAGGCUGGCGAGUGCCACAGAGGUAUCAGGAGCUCUAGUAUAGGCUUAGGGUGCCUCAUUUCCUGGACAGGUGGCUGGUUCAGGAGUGGGUGUGGAGCUUAGGUGGAGCAGAGGCGGCGGGUAGGAGGGACUUGGGACCAAUUGGGACAUCACAUCCCUGGCUCUGGGUUAGAAAGCUGACAGUCCUUGAUCCUGUGGCCACUGCCCCAUCAUUCCUGCUCCUGAGGACUCAGUCUCAUGGCUGUGGUAAGGCCUGGCAGGGCCCUGGGUCCCUACUGGGACCCCUGGUCUCUACCUGGGGCCUAGUUAAUAUGUUUCUUAUGGGAGCUGUGGUCUUCUCCAGGGGUAGGGAGGGGAGUUUAUUGACCACAAGACCAGGGUAGUGGGCAGAAGCCAGGGGAGAAGGAGGCUUGGGGAUGAGGGAUCCAUCCUGAGUGUUUUCUGUCCUGGGAACGGGCUCCUGGCAGAGCUCCCUGGCACCAUAGAUUUGGGCCCUGGAGACUCAGAGGCUCCCAGCUGCUGCCCUGAGGCCCUGGAAGCAAGUGGCUCCUCCAUGCUCCUCUGACUCAGUUGCCUGGAGUGUGAGGGCCCUGGGCUGACCCUGGUGGAUGAGGCCCUCCAGCACUGCCCUGGACCUGGUUGCUCCCUGGACUUGACCUGUUAGGGUCCUUGCGGAGGCAGGUGGAAGGCCGGAAGGAAGCAGUUGGCACAGGCUUCCCUGGUCCCGGUGCGCCUGCCAGGCUGCAUUCCCAGAACCAGGGGCAUGGGUUUGGAGGGAGCUACCAGGGGACCAUCUUCAGCCUGACCUGGCAGGACCUGGAGGACAUGACAGCCUGUGAGGGGUCUGAGCUAGGAGCCGCCUCCCCUGCCCAGGAGAGAGCCCAUUUCCAGGAUGCUCUUCUGACCGGGGUGGAGGGAGGGUACGAGAGCAGCUCAGCCUGGGCCCCAAGGCCCUGAUGUGCUACUUCCCCUCCCUCGAUAGCUUAUGUCCCCUGCCACCCAAGACCAGCCGGAAAGCUGCUUAGCUGGGGUGUGGGCUGGGGAUGUGGGGUGGAGAGCCUAAAGGAUACUAGCCCGAGAAGGUGGAAGCAGGUCUGUGUGAGGCAUAAAUCUGGAGCCAGCCUGCCCGGGCUCCAACCCCAAUUGUGGACCUCAGGCAAGUGACUGCUUCUCUGUGCCUCAGUUUCCUUGUGGAGUGGGCCAUCGUAAAUAGUAUCUGUGCAUCAGGUGGUUGUGUGAUAAAUGAGUUAAUGUAUGCAAAGCCCUUGGCCCAGAGCCUGCGCAGAGCAUUGUGUAAGUGCUGGCAGGCGUCGUGAUGGAGAUAUCAUGUCUCCUCUUGUUGAUUCAGGAUUCUGAUGAGAUGGAGGAUGGGCCUGGGGUUCAGGAUUAGGCCUUGAGGCACUGCUCCAGCCUCCUUUGUGGCCCCUGUCACCCUUGGCUUCAUCAGCCCGUAGCAGGUCUCCCCUCUCCCACCUCUGCAGGCAGAGGUGUCCAGGACCUGCCUGCUCACGGUUCGUGUCCUGCAGGCCCAUCGCCUACCCUCUAAGGACCUAGUGACCCCCUCUGACUGCUACGUGACUCUCUGGCUGCCCACGGCCUGCAGCCACAGGCUCCAGACACGCAUGGUCAAG